AUGUACAUUUUUAGCUCCACAAAUAUCUCAGCUAUUGCAUCAAUUGCAAUGCGACUAGAUCGAUGGUUGGACUACGAAAGUGGACAUGCAUGGUGUGAAAGUGCUUACAAAUAUCAAACUAUUUCAGUUGUUGCUGAAUUUGCCAAUACUGUAACAAAUUUACCACUGAUAAUGUUACCACUUCUGAAUGUUCUUCUGAUAAAACCAUACAUCGAGACUGUUAACUGGAUUGUAAUUAUGCCCCAUAUUCUCUUAACUGUAAAUGGUAUUGCAUCUACUUAUUAUCAUGCUACUCUCAAUCUUUUUGGUCAGCUAAUUGAUGAAAUUAGUAUCUUAUGGUUGUUGAUGAUGUGUUUGGCUGCUUAUUUCCCAGUUUUCAGCUUCUACCCACAGCAAUAUCAUAAAUAUAUCGGUAGAGUGCGUUGUGCGAUAGCAAUAAUAACUAUGGUAGUUAGUACAUUUUGUUUCGUGAAACCAUCACUAAAUGCACUGGUAUUAAUGUUAUGGUCUAUACCAAGUAUCGCUAUCAUCCGCCACGAAGCUGCUAAUGCUGGUAUUCCUGAAAUCAUCAGUUCUCCAAGGAAAAUAUCAGUACUAUGGAUUGCAGCUUCCAUUUGUUGGGUAUCUGACCGAGUGUUUUGCGAUUUCUGGCUUUUUUUAGGAACUCCAUACUUCCAUGCACUCUUUCAUUUGUUGAGCAGUUUGGCAGCUUAUAACGUUUUCAUCAUGUUUUCAUUGAUUGACAUCUGUAGGCGCAGUGACAAACACCGUUAUAGAUACCGCAUAAAAUAUUUUCCAGAAAAAGGACUUAUUAGGCUACCAUAUAUCGUUCUUAAUCUUGACUGCAAAUAUUUGUGA